CGAUAAUGAAUGGCACUGGCACAAAAGUCAUUUGCCUUCUGCUAAUGUUUACAGUUAUUUUAACAUUUUGAUGUUAUUGUUGUUAAUAUAAAAAUAAACUGUGUUAUUCAACCUUAUGUCUGCCGUAUUGAUUCACUCUUUGUUACAAACAUUAAAACCGAGGUACACAAGAAACCUGUUGAGAAACUUGUGUUCACAAAGAAGGAAAACAAUGGGGGUGAUUGAAGUAAAAGUUGACAAUGGAGUACAGACUAUAAAGUUCAACCGCCCUGAAAAGAAGAACGCCAUCAAUCGGGAGAUCUACGAGGGACUGAUAUCUACUUUAGAGCAGUCAGCGGACGAUGAUCGUGUCGUGUUGACGGUGUUAACUGGAAGUGGCGACUAUUAUAGCAGUGGAAACGAUUUCUCACUUCCACAAAUAACUGACAUGAAGGCAUUUUUUAAAGACUCAACAGACAUUGUAGGAAAGUUUGUCGCAGCAUUUAUUGACUACCCUAAACUGCUGAUUGCUGUAGUUAAUGGCCCAGCAUUAGGCAUUGCUGCUACAACUUUAGCCCUGUGUGAUGUGGUCUAUGCCUCUGACAAGGCAUGGUUCCAAACACCUUUCACACAGCUAGGGUUGGUGCCCGAAGGUUGUUCUUCUGUCACAUUCCCACACAUCAUGGGCUCCAAGGCCAGCAGAUUGCUAUAUCUGAACGAGAAGAUGACAGCCGAUGAAGCGUUGGCUUGUGGUUUUGUCACACAGGUAUUUCCUGACGCCCAAAUAGAAGCCCAAACGUCAGCAAAAAUAAGAGAACACGCAAAGCUGCCAUUACAGUCCCUAAUGCUAUCUAAACAACUGGUGCGGAAAUGGAACAAACAACACUUACAUGAAGUGAACAGGACGGAGUGCCAAGCACUUGCCCAGCGUUUCGUGUCCGAAGAUUUCUUCAAUGCUUUGUUAUCAUUUAAGGAAAGGAAGAGCAAGCUGUGAGAAUAUUUCAUAUCUAGAUUAUUUCUAUGUUCAAAAAAGUAAUUUCCUUCUAGACAUUGUAGACAUAAAUUAUAUUUUUAUGUUACUUGCA